AUGGAUCAUUUCCUGUCAUGGCCUGGGAAGGGCAGCGGAGCGGAGGAAAGCCAGAAGAAGGAGGCAGAGGACACAGUUUUCGCAUCCAUCACCGAUGUCUCCGCACGGCAGCCGCCUGCCAACAGCUCCCAGGUGGCCACGCAAUUGUCUUGGAUGGGGCAGCAGAAGCGAUUGUCGAGCCGCCAGCAGAAGCUUCAUCACACCCUGCGCCAGCUGCAGAGCAUGCGGUACAAAAUGAAUGACGAGGCAAAGCCUUGGAUGGACUCGGAUGGUUUGAUCCUCUGGUCCAAGUGGCGCAUUCGAGCUGCACGAGUGGUGCUCUCCCAGGCCUUCGAGAGCUGCAUGGGCUUGGUGAUUCUCAUCAACUUCGGCUUCAUCGUCUUCGAGUCGGAUCGAGAUUCGAAGUGCUACCCCGACUAUGCUGGCCGGUAUGAUGCCUGCCCCCAGCGGAGUGAGCUGCUGGAGUGGCUGCGGUUAGUGAACCUCACACUUCUCAGCGUCUACACACUUGAAGCGCUCUGUCGGGCCUUUGUGGAGCGCUCUCAAUAUUUCUGCAAUCGCUGGAAUGUGGUGGACCUCCUUGCGGUGCUUCUGGGCUGGCCGACCGUGCUCUCCCUAGGCUCCGGUAAUCUCCACCUCCUGCGCAUGGUCCGGUUCGUGCGGCUAAUCCGAGCUCUGCGCGUCAUCAUCUCAGUGCCAGAGCUGUACUUGCUGGUGACCGGCUUUUCAUCCUCCAUCAAGGCCAUCAUUUUCGGUUCCCUGCUUCUGGUGGCUGCCUUGGUGUUCUGGGCCGUCAUUGCCGUGGAGGUCCUACAUCCCAUCAUCUCGGUCCUCCCCUAUCCCGACUGUGGAAACUGUUCCGCUGGAUUCAGCGGCAUCUUCGCCGCGACAGUUACGCUUUUCCAGCAGAUGGUCAUGGGAGAUGCAUGGGGUGCGAUUUCUUUGCCACUGAUUGAGGCGGCGCCAUGGACCUUCCCUGUCCUCUUCGUGAUGAUGAUGACGGUCUCUCUGGGCGCCAUGAAUCUCAUCCUCGCCGUGAUAGUCGAGCGGGCCGCGCAGGGGCGGGACAAGGACCAGGAGCGGAAGAUCAAGCAAAAGGAGGAAGAAAGGUCAAAGAACAUGAUAGACCUGGCCGUGCUAUGUGCCACGAUGGAUGAAGACAACAGUGGAUCUUUGUCCCUGGUAGAGAUGCUGCACGGAUACGAUCGUAACGAGGAGUUUCGGAAACUCAUGCAGGUGAUGGACAUCAAGCGGGAUGACAUGCAAACCAUCUUCCGCGUCCUCGACAGCGAUGACUCCGGUGAGGUGUCUUACUUCGAGUUCUGCCAGCAUCUGGGCAGCUUCCUCGAGCGAGAUCCGGUGGUGAUGCACUCCUUGGUGAAGCGCGCAAGUCGGUUUAGGGACUGUUGA